UAAGAACCGCAGCUGAAUACACGGAACACAUCACACCGAAUAUGCCGGGACUGCUGCUCGGAGAUGUAUUUCCUGAUUUCGAGGCAGAAGCCACCAUUGGCAAAAUUAAACUCCACGAAUUUCUCGGUGAUUCAUGGGGAAUCCUCUUCUCCCACCCCAAAGACUACACCCCUGUGUGCACCACAGAGCUGGGUCGAGCUGCCCGACUGUGCAGUGAGUUCACUAAACGCAACGUCAAAAUGAUCGCCCUCUCCAUCGACUGCCUGGAGGAUCACCACGGCUGGACCAAGGACAUCCUGGCGUACAACUGUGAGGAGUCUGCCUGCUGCUCGCUGCCUUAUCCCAUCAUAGCAGAUAGUAAACGGGAGCUGGCAGUGGCCCUGGGCAUGCUGGAUCCCGAUGAGAAGGACAAAGAUGGCCUGCCGCUCACUGCCCGCUGUGUGUUCAUCAUUGGCCCUGACAAAAGGCUGAAACUGUCACUCCUCUACCCAGCCACCACCGGACGCAACUUUGAUGAGAUUUUGCGAGUGGUGGACUCGCUCCAGAUCACAGCAGGGAAACGUGUGGCCACACCUGCCGACUGGAAGCCUGGAGACUGUGUGAUGGUCCCUCCCAGCAUGUCUGAGGAGGAGGCUGCCUCUUUGUUCCCAGAAGGCAUCUACACCAAAGAUCUGCCCUCUGGCAAGAAGUACCUGCGCUACACACCCCAGCCAUAAGCACACAUAGAGACAGCACAGAGACAGCACAGAUAUUAAACACUCACUUUUGUCACACAGACUGUAUCUUACUCCAGCACCUCUCAACUCUGGACUUGAGUAGGCCUACUGCUCGUUUUUGUCCCUACCAGGUAGAUAAACAAACCAGUCCCUGACAACAUGUAUGGAAUGAAAACCAGUGCCUUAAAGAAUAUAUAUAGGACUUUUUACUUUUAUAAAGGGGGAUGGUUUUUGGAAGGGCAGGGGUUGAGAUGGGAAUUUUCAUAUUUAAUGAUAAAAUAACAGUUAUACAGUACGGCAGAAUAAGAUGUGUAUUGUUGUACUAUACCUCUACUUUUAGAACCAGUGCAAGAGAAAGUGAUUCAUGGUGCCAGUUUACACAAAGGAUGACCUAAUGAGAGCAAAUAAAACCUGCCUCAGUGCUUAUUUUAUGAGAGGUUUACUUCAUUAUUAUUACAAAUGUUUUAAUUAUUUAGUAUUUGUGAAAUUGUCUUCUUUCACAUACCUGAUUAGUAUAACUUUGCAUUAGUUUUGCCAAGCCAAACAAACGAAUUUCAAUGAAAGUCUUGUGUAAUUACUGCAUCUAUACUAUAAUGGACGAGUGUUUAAAUGGCAUCUGUGUGGGACAAUAAAAGAUUUA